AUGCUAAGACACGGCACUCGCGUGAAUCUUAUCUUGCGACACUCCCCGCAUUUGCCACCUCGAACCGCACCAACUCUACACAGGUAUAUAACCACUAGAGUGUCCGUUCAAGCCCCCGCAAAGGUCAAUUGUACUCGUCCCACCACCACCACCACGUCGCGAGUCCCCAAGUUUGCUUCCCGAACUCUUGCAACUACCAGCACUCCUCCUGACCUCGCCUCUGUCAUCGCCGCCGUGAAAAUGUCCACACCUCCCCAGCAGCCCCCCAACUGGAAGUACACUCCCGAGGAGGUUAAGAAAUCCGCCAAUGACAUGGCUGCUUCUUUCAAGAAGCUGGAUGACCAGAUUGGAGCCAUCCCCAUCGAGGAGGCCACCUAUGAGAACACAAUUGUGCCCCAGCUGGAGCUCGAAAACACCACAGCUCUGCCCCGAAACCAGCUGACCUUCUUCCAGCAUGUUUCUGCCGACAAGGAACUCCGAGAGGCCUCUGCCGAGGCUGAGAAGAUUCUCAUGGACGCCUCUGUCGAGUCCACUAUGCGACACGACGUCUUCCAGCGAGUUGAGGCUGUCCACAAGCAGCUUGACGAGCUCAAGAAGACCCUCGACCCCGAGUACAUCCGAGCUAUUGAGAAGAUGUACAAGGGCUAUGUGCGAUCCGGUCUGGGUCUGCCCGAAGAGACCCGAAAGGAGGUCGAGGCUCUCAACAAGCGAAAGGGAGAGCUUGCCAUCAAGUUCUCCAACAACCUGUCUAACGACACGUCCUUCCUAGCAUUCACUGCUGAGGAGCUUGAGGGAGUCCCCAAGGACGUUACCGACGGCUUUGAGAAGACCGAGGACGGCAAGCUGAAGAUGACUUUCCAGUACCCCGAUUUGUUUCCCGUGCUGCGAUCCGCUAAGAACCCUGAAGUCCGAAAGAAAGCCUUCCUUGGCGACCAGAACCGAGUCAAGGACCUCAACACUCCUCUUCUCAAGGAGACCGUCGAAAUCCGAACCAAACUAGCAAACCUGCUCGGGUACCGACACCACUGUGACUAUGUGCUUGAGGACCGAAUGGCCAAGAAGUACGAGAACGUCAUGCCUUUCCUGGAGGACCUCAAGGAGCGAAUCAAGCCCCAGGGAGAGAAGGACAUUGCUGAGCUGCUGCCUAUCAAGAAGGCUGACUACGAAGCCCAGGGCAAGUCUGCCGACUACAAGGACGUCCUUUAUGUGUGGGAGACCCGAUACUACCUCAACAAGCUUCUGGAGGACCAAUUCAAGAUCGACCAGGAGAAGAUUGCCGAAUACUUCCCUCUGCAGAAUGUUCUCGACAAAUCUCUGGCCUUCUUUGAGAACCUAUUCUCUCUCAAGUUCGUCGAGACACCCAAGGACCAGGCCUCCACCUGGCAUGAGGAUGUCAAGCAGUACGCUGUGUGGAAGUACGACACUGCUGAGCCUGUCUUCGUCGGAUGGUUCUAUCUUGAUCUGCACCCUCGACCCAACAAGUACGGCCAUGCUGCCAAUUUUGGCAUUGGUCCCGGUUUCACCGACCUGAAGGAUGGUUCUCGAACCUAUCCCGCCACCUCUCUGGUCUGCAACUUCACCAAACCCACCGCUGAGAAGCCCUCUCUUCUCAAGCACUCCGAGGUGACUACCUUCUUCCACGAGCUUGGCCACGGUAUCCACGAUCUCAUGGGCACCACCAAACUGUCUCGAUUCCACGGUACCUCAGUCUCAUGGGACUUUGUCGAGUGUCCUUCUCAGAUGCUCGAGUUCUGGACCUGGGAGCCUGAGCAGAUCAAGCACUUUUCCGCUCACUACAAGGACGGCUCCAAGAUGUCUGACGAGACAAUCAAAUCUCUGGUUGCCACCAAGCACGUCUGUGACGGCCUGCACUACCUGCGACAGGUCCAUUUUGCCAUGUUCGACUUUGGUCUUCACAACAAGGGUAUCAAGGAUACUCCUGCCGAUCUGGACAAGACCUGGAACGACAUGCGAGAGGAAAUUGCUCUGGUCAAGAACGAUGGUGAGUCCAUGGCAGGCUACUCUACUUUCGGCCAUAUUAUGGGCGGUUAUGACUCUGGUUACUACGGUUACCUGUGGUCUGAAGUCUUUGCUGCCGACAUCUACUACACUCGGUUCAAGGACGACCCCAUGAGCACCAAGAGUGGUCUUGACUACAGAAAGGCUAUUCUUGACCGAGGUGGAUCUCGGGACGAGAUUGAGGGUCUCAAGGAGGUUCUUGGACGAGAGCCCAACAAUGAUGCUUUCCUCAAGGAGCUCGGUAUUGCCGCCUAA